AGAAUAGAAGAGCGGUGAAGCAGAGUGAGAGAGAGAGAGAAAUAGAGAAUUGAAUUGAGAAAGAAGCAAAGUGUGUUUGUUUGUUCAGUUGAAUAGUUGAUAAUCUCUGAGGGGAAACUGCAACAAUGGAUGUGAUAAAGACUCAGCAAGUAUCAUCUCGACCGAUCGAGAAGGUGGUGGUUCACCCGCUAGUGCUUCUGAGCAUCGUCGACAACUACAACAGAGUCGCCAAGGACACACGGAAGCGCGUCGUCGGCGUCUUGCUCGGUUCCACUUUCAAAGGCACCGUCGACGUUUCCAACAGCUACGCCGUUCCCUUUGAAGAAGAUGACAAGGAUCCAAGCAUCUGGUUUCUUGACCAUAAUUACCAUGAAUCAAUGUUCUCCAUGUUUAAGAGAAUAAAUGCUAAGGAGCAUGUCGUCGGGUGGUAUAGCACUGGUCCAAAACUGCGUGAAAAUGACCUUGACAUUCAUGGACUAUUCAAUGACUAUGUACCAAAUCCUGUUUUGGUUAUAAUUGAUGUUGAACCUAAGGAGUUGGGAAUUCCAACAAAAGCAUACUAUGCUGUGGAAGAGGUUAAAGAGAAUGCUACCCAGAAAAGCCAAAAGGUCUUUGUGCAUGUGCAAUCAGAAAUUGCUGCUCAUGAAGUUGAGGAGAUAGGAGUGGAGCACUUGCUUAGGGAUGUGAAGGAUACAACCAUUAGCACCCUUGCAACAGAGGUAAGUGCAAAACUUACAGCCUUGAAGGGUUUGGAUGCAAGACUUAAAGAAAUAAGGGGUUACCUUGACCUUGUUAUUGAUGGAAAGCUUCCACUAAACCAUGAGAUCUUGUACCACUUGCAGGAUGUGUUCAACCUGCUACCAAAUCUCAAUGUUGCUGAUCUUAUCAAGGCUUUUGCAGUGAAAACCAAUGAUAUGAUGUUGGUAAUAUACCUAUCGUCUCUCAUUAGAAGUGUGAUUGCACUUCACAACUUGAUUAACAACAAGAUGCUCAACAAAGAACAUGAAAGGGAAGAAGACUCGAAAACGGUACCAGUGCCAAGUGCAGCUGCGUAAGUUUGAGGGGUUGUAUGUUUGCAGCACGAGUAGCCAUGCAAUUGAAUACAUGGACUGAUAUUGUUGCUCCUCCAUCACUUUUGUUGAUCUUCUUUAACUUCACUACAUGGGUUAGAGAAAAACGCAUAACAUGGAAUGAUGAUCCUUUAUACACUCUUCCCGUUCUUUAUUCUUGUAUUUUAUUCACUAUGCAAUACUCUGCUCAUUUUCUUUGUUUGGUAGCUUUGUUAACAAGCAUUUGAGGACUAAUUAUUGAAAACAAAUUGAUUAGGAUAUCAGAAAUGAAAUCUUUGUCACGGUUUUUUCUGUUUA